GCCGUACACACUUUCCGUGUACUUCUCUUCCUCGGUGCAUAUACUUAUCUGCAACAACCGCAAAUCCCACGUCUCUCUCUCUCUCUCUCUUCUUCAUCAGAGAAACCAUAGAAACAUCUGGUUUUUCUUGGUGGGUUUGACUAAAAGUUUCUCAAACAUUUUUGGCAUCUGGUGUGUGGGUCUCUGUCGAACUUGGUUUUGCCAUCUUCUUGAAAAAAAAGAGAGAUGAAGAUGAAGGAAAACUUGCAGAAUCCUUUGCACCUCCAGUCUUUGAACCACAUUUCGCUCGUUUGUCGAUCGGUCGAGGAGUCCAUGAACUUUUAUCAGAAUGUUCUCGGAUUCGUCCCCAUCAGGAGGCCCGGAUCGUUCGACUUUGAUGGUGCAUGGCUAUUCGGAUAUGGGAUCGGAAUACAUCUGUUGCAAUCGGAAGAUCCGGAUAAAAUGAUCAAGAAAAGUGAGAUCAACCCUAAGGAUAAUCAUAUUUCCUUUCAGUGCGAGAGCAUGGGGGCAGUGGAGAAGAAGUUGAAGGAGAUGGGGAUGGAUUAUGUGCGGGCGGCCGUAGAGGAAGGCGGGAUCCAAGUGGACCAGCUCUUCUUCCAUGACCCAGAUGGGUUCAUGAUUGAGAUCUGCAACUGUGACAUCCUCCCCAUGAUCCCUCUGGCCGGUGAGAUGGCGCGGUCAUGCUCUCGUGUUAACCUCCAGAUAUUGCAGCAGCAGCAGCAGCAGCAGAUCAAGCAGGUGGUGCAGCAGUAAUGAAGUUUUCUUCUUUUUUUGUUGAAAUAUCACUAUUUUGUCUCAGAAUGACAACUCUAUUUGAUCAAUGAUAAUAGAUGGCAUUCUGAGUUUUGUGUCCA